UCAUCAGAUUAAUCAUACAGGCCAUAGAGCCAGCCAUUCUAGUCACCUGUAUUCAACCGCUCCACCACGAACUCGUUCAAUUUUUCGAAUAAGAAACCACCGAUAGAUCCAUCGAACAGCCCUCGAUCAUACGAGCAUUUUGACCCCAACGCCGACCGCAUACCACCCCGUCUGGUGGUGGAGUUAUUCAACCAAAUGUGAACUAACUACCAACUGUGAGCAAUGUUUGCAUUGUUUGCACGGAGCUUGUGGCACUUUAUGAUCACAAACUGAGCAAUUAUUCCUUCUUUCUUCAUCAUCUCGUCGCCUGUUCCGAGGUGCAGGCUGAGGUGUGUUUCAUAUUCAUUCAAUAAUGGAUUCAGAUGAACUGAUCGGUCAUAAGUACCCCGGGGAUGAUACUCGGCCCACGAGCAAGAAGGAGCUGGCAGGGUGGUACUGUUACGGCUGGGCCGCUGAGGUAUUUACAGUUUGUGCUAUGGGAUCCUUUCUUCCUAUCACCCUGGAGCAAAUGGCUAGGGAUCGAGGAGUUCUCCUUUCUGACAAAACUACGCCAUGCAGUGCAAGUUGGAGAGUGACAUCCGACCUGUUCACUUCGGCUGCCUCUUCUCCGAGCCGUCCAAGUUCUCCCAAAACUAGCCAGUGUGUCGUAUAUUUCCUGGGAAUGGAAAUAAACACGGCUAGUUUUGCGAUGUACACAUUUUCAGUGAGUGUAUUAAUACAGUCACUGCUUAUAAUCUCCAUGUCAGGGGCAGCGGAUCACGGCGUCUACCGCAAGACAUUACUCUUGGUUUUUGCUUUCUUGGGGGCAGUGUCAACCAUGCUCUUUCUGGGCGUUGUUCCGCAAGUUUAUUUGCUCGGCGCAUUGCUUGCAAUUGUAGCAAAUACUUGCUUUGGUGCCUCAUUUGUAUUACUCAAUUCAUUUCUGCCUUUGCUUGUUCGCCAUCACCCCGCCAUUCAAUCUACCCCGGGCAGUCCUUUGAUUGACGAUGAUGUGCAACCUUCCAAUACGUCCAGCGAGCCUAGAUCCAGCCAGAGUCAACGGCCCAGCAGUAUGUCGUCCACAUCACCACUACUUCAGCGUGAUACUACCAUGCCCAUUGAUGGCUCUCAGCUCAAAUCUCCAAGAAUGUCAGAAGAGCUCCAGCUGUCGACAAGGAUCUCUUCCAAUGGGAUUGGUAUUGGUUACAUUGGGGCUGUUAUUCUGCAAAUCAUGUCCAUCCUCAUCAUUGUAGCCACAGGCUCGACGACCUUCUCCCUACGAUUGGCUCUGUUCGGAAUUGGAUUGUGGUGGUUGCUUUUUACAGUCCCAGCUGCUAUGUGGCUCCGUCCUCGUCCCGGCCCACCUCUCCCUACUUCUGCCAGAGACAACAAAAUGUGGCCAUGGCUUAGUUACAUAGCGUUCGCAUGGAAGUCCCUUGGGCGCACAGCUCUUCAAGCCCGCCAUCUCAAGGACGUUCUUAUCUUCCUAGCAGUGUGGUUUCUUCUUUCUGAUGGCAUUGCCACGGUGAGCGGCACAGCUGUGCUAUUUGCCAAAACACAAUUGGAUAUGAAGCUUGCUGCCCUUGGCUUGAUCAAUGUAAUAGCAAUGAUCUCGGGGGUGUGUGGGGCUUUUUUUUGGAACUAUCUGUCGCGUCGACUAAACUGGCGCGCCUCACAGACCAUCAUUGCUUGCAUUUGUGUUUUUGAGUUCAUCCCUUUUUACGGGCUCCUCGGCUUCCUUCCACCAAUCAAACGGCUAGGCGUGUUUGGGCUUCAGAAGCCAUGGGAAAUGUACAUGCUAGGAGCUGUUUAUGGCCUUGUAAUGGGCGGGUUGUCAUCCUACUGUCGCAGCUUUUUCGGAGAGUUGAUACCCCCGGGGUUCGAAGCAUCCUUUUAUGCAUUGUAUGCCAUCACCGAUAAGGGGUCGAGCAUAUUCGGUCCUGCGAUUGUCGGGAUGAUAACUGAUAGAUACGGAGAAAUUCGACCUGCGUUUGGCUUCUUGGCCAUCCUAAUUCUCAUCCCAUUACCGCUGAUGUUACUAAUCGACGUCGACCGCGGGAAGCGUGAUGCUCAAUUCCUUGCUGAUGAGCUGGAAGAGAGGCGUCAGGAGCGUUGAUAUUUGGCCAUGUCACAGGAUUUCGUACAUGUGUUAAAUUUUAGCAACGCAGUCUAUAUUAUCAAUAGAACAAACUUUACUGACUCGUUACUCUCUUCCUUUUACACAUAUAUUCACCGAAGGAGUUAAGUUUUAGCCCGGUCAGCCAAUGCACCACUACACUACGGCGUCUUACGAAUUGCUCCAAAGCUUGAUCUGGAUUGGCGAAGUUGGUAGACUCUGAGAAAAUACUGGGGGAUACAGUUGCAGUCGACCUGAUUGCUAAUUUGCCCGGAUGUUCUGAGAUGAGUUAUGUAACAUAAAAUUUAUUAACUAUUCGCCACUACGAAUAAAAUAAAAUCGAAAACUUAGAUUACAUAUAAGUUAGGGAAAAGCAGAAGUACUGCAGGAGACUUCUGUAAAGUGAACUUUACAUCAAUCCUCUUAAGGACUUAGAACUACUCCAUUGAACCUCGAACGAUCACCGAUUCUCCUUGGUCCACGAAUUUCUCAACCUUCAUAGGUUUGAGUUCCCAUAUGCGACAAACUCCACGCUAAAAAGUCUAAUAAAUUUGGAAAUAAAACAAUACCAUGGUGAUGAUGUGUCAUUCAUUGGUAGCUCUUUAUGCCCCUUCCUAUUCGUAUCCCUACAGCUCACGAUAGUCACUCGGCCUGAUUCGUUUCUGCCUCGCUUGGUGUCGAUGCGGGUUGACUGGCUGUCGUAGAUACGCAUUGUCUUCUUCCUUCGCGAAUGGUCGUCCGAAACUGGUUCGUUGCUGGUUCGAGAAGGGUGCCAUGCCUAUGUUUUGUUGGAAGGGCGGUCGUUGUGGGAGAUGACUGGGAGGUUGGUUCAUGAAAUUCAUGCUCAUGGGCAUCAUCCCGCCUGGGCCAGGGCCGAAAUUGCUUGGCCCAUAUCCACCAAAUGGCAUCAUUGGCUGGCUAAAGCUAUUCGUAUAUGGUCCGUUUGGCAUACCAAAGUUCAUAUUAUUACUCGCCAUCUGAUUCCACCCAUUUUCGCCUUGCGCAUAUCCGUUUAGCAUGGGCGUAGAGCUAUCUACAUUGCCAAUAAACCCCGGCAUUGGCAUCACGUUCUGUUGAGGAAACCCGGUCAUUUGGAAGUGUUGGGGAGAUGGAGAAUUAAAAUUUCCGAAGGGUAGUUGCUGAUGGAACGGCGAGGGAGAAAAUCCGUUAUGGAUUUCUCCUUUUUGGUUAUGAUGGCUGUUGACAUGAGGCUGGCCGUCGUUUGAUUUCUGCUUUUUCAUUGCUGGUGCAGUGGCAACAACAUCCUGCCCACUUGCAUUUUCGUCCCCUUCUCCUACCGGUCGCUUUUUCAAACAUGUCGGACUAGGCUGUGUUGGUAGUUUGGGGGAAGAAGUAGACACGUAUUUUUGGUUGGCGGGUUCCGAAACAACUCUUGGAGGAGAUACGGUGGAUUUUUCGCUAACUGAUUGCUCUCUCUCCUUCUCUUUUUUCUCGGCCUUCUCCUUUUGAUAAUCCUUUAGUUUACCCACAGCUUCUUGGUCCACUGUUAGAUUGUCUAGUAAUACGCCUUCCGUAGAACAAUUAGGGCAAACGAAAUCACUUUCGAUCAAUGCAUUUGUGAUACAAUCAUUGCAAUAAGUUUUUUUGCAGCAUGGCGUUUUCGUUGGCUCUAGUAACAAUCGUUUAUCAAUUGGAC